AUGACGACGAGCGCCGCUCUGCCUCCGGGUCUGCUGCAAACGGGGAGCGGUGGCCAGUAUGGUGGGGUGGGGGGCGGUGGAGGUGGUGGCGUUGGAGGCAGUGGGGGCGGAGUGAUGACGUCACAGCAGCGCAAAUCUGACAGCAGCAUCUAUGUGAUGUCGGCACCCUCAGGGGCUUUGUUACAGUAUGACCUGGAGCCAAGACAUAUCGCCGGUCUAUCGAAGGACCGUGUCUCCGAUGACACGGCCAUUGAGCUGUUGGUGGACGCCAAGGCGGAAUGGCUGGUGAUGUGGCCGCCCCUCUUCAACCCGGUACAACCGCCCCUCGCCGCCUCCAGCCCCUUGCUGCAAGGGGCCAACUGCCCCCUGCUACAGGGGGGCAGCAACCGCCCCCACAACCACGCCAAGCCCAAUCCGCAUCAUGACGAGCACUGGUUGUCGCAGGUAUUAGACCAAACAUCGCCAUCAAAUUAACAAAAUUUCAAAGUUUCUGAAUUAAAACCACUUCUGAAGUGGAAACUGUCAU